GGGAGAGCUGCGCAUGCGCGCUGCGCGGCGCCCCGCCCUCCCGGCCGGCGCGGGGCCGGAGCGCAGACAAAGGCGCCGCUGCCCCCCCCCCACCUCCCCCCCCCCGCUUUAAAUCCCGCCCCGGUUAUAACGCGCCCUCUCCCGGUACCGCGCCGGCCCAUGGCGGCUGCGGCGGCUCCAUGCCCGGGGGGGAGGCGGGCGGGGGGCCGGCCGGCAUGGCAGGCGGGCGGCGGGGCAGCGGCGGCAGCGGCUCGCCGGCGGCGGGCGGGGGGGUGUCGGUGAAGAUGGCGCUGCGGCGGGCCUACUCCAUCAAGGACAAGCUGCAGGCCAUCGAGCGGGUGAAGAAGGGCGAGCGGCAGGCGUCGGUGUGCCGGGCCUUCGGGGUGCCGGGCGGCACGCUGCGGGGCUGGCUGAAGGACGAGGCCAAGCUGCGCUGGUUCCUGGAGCAGCUGGGCGGCGAGGUGGGCACCCAGCGCAAGAAGAUGCGCCUGGCCAACGAGGAGGAGAUCGACCGCGCCGUCUACGCCUGGUUCCUCGCCCUGCGCCAGCACGGCGUGCCGCUCUCGGGGCCCCUCAUCCAGGCGCAGGCCGAGGCCUUCGCCCGCCAGAUCUACGGCCCCGAGUGCACCUUCAAGGCCAGCCAUGGCUGGUUCUGGCGCUGGCAGAAGCGCCACGGCAUCUCCAGCCAGCGCAUCUACGGCGAGGGCGGCCUCCCCGCCGAGCCCGAGCGCGCCGUCGCCGCCGCCAUCGCCAGCCCCGAGGCGCCGCCCGACGCCGGCGGCUACGGCGACGAGCAGAUCUACAACGCCAACGUCACCGGGCUCUACUGGAAGCUGCUGCCGGGGCAGCGGCGCCGGCGGCCGGCCCCCCGCGAGCGGGUCACCGUGCUGCUGGCCGCCAACUUGACGGGCUCCCACAAGCUCAAGCCGCUGGUGGUGGGCGGCCUCCGCGACCCCCCCAGCCUGCGGCACCACAACCAGGACAAGUUCCCCGCCUGCUACCGCUACGGCCCCCAGGCCCGGCUGGGGCUGGCCCUGCUCCGCGCCUGGUUCUUCGAGGACUUCGUGCCGGGCGUCAAGCGCUACCUGCGCCGGAGCUGCCUGCAGCAGAAGGCCGUGCUGCUGCUCAGCUGCCCGCCGCCGCCCUCCGGGGCCGGCCCCGAGGAGACGCCGCCGCUGCAGACGCCUGACGGUGCCAUCCGCGCCCUCUUCCUUUCCAAGGGCCCCGCCGGGAGCGGCGCGGCCGGAGGAGGCGGCCGCAUCCCAGCCCCGCUGGAGCAGGGGGUGGUGGCCGCCUUCAAGCAGCUCUACAAGCGGGAGCUGCUGCGCCUGGCCGUGUCGUGCGCGGCCGGCGGCUCCGGCGGCGGCGGCGGCCCCAUGGAUUUCGUGCGGUCCUUCCUGCUCAAGGACAUGCUCUACUUGGCCGGCCUCUCGUGGGACCUCAUCCCCCCCGGCUCCAUCGAGAAGUGCUGGCUGCUGGGGCUGCGCGCGGCCUUCGAGCCCCAGCCCGGGGAGGAAGAGCAAGGGGACGCGCCGCGCGGGGACGAGGGCGGCGGGGACAGCAAGGUCUUCAGCGACCUCACCCACCUGGCCGCCCUGGCCUACAAGCGCUUGGCUCCCGAGGAGGUGGCCGACUGGCUGCACUUGGACGACGCGACCCCGGGCACGGAGGAGGACGAUGGGGAGGAGGACGCUGAGGACGAAGGCCCCGCUGGCUGCGGGGCGGAGGAGGAGGAGGAGGUGGCCGGCGGCGGCGGGGCUAGGGAAGGGGGGGACGCCUUGCUGCCCACGGCCCGGGAAGCCAUCCGAGGCCUGGAGACGGCGCUGCGCUGGCUGGAGAGCCAGGACCCGCGGCAAGUGGGGCCGCUGCAGCUGGUGCAGCUCCGCUCGCUCAUCAGCAUGGCCCAGCGGCUGCGCCGCGGCGGCAGCCCCGACGCCUAGGGCCAGGGCGGCCCGCGACCUCUCGGCUACCUGCCGCCUCGCUUGGGUAGGGGGGGCACAGCCUGGACCCCCGUGGGGCUGGGGGUGACCUGGCUCUGCCGUGGGACCGGCAGCAGAGGUGCCAGCUCCCCUCACCCUCCAUCACGGGCAGCCUGGGCUCCGGCGGCCCCGGUACCCUUAGGUCACCGCCGCUAAGGGGAGCAAAAAUUUAGGGCUAACGGCGGGUUUUGGGUAAUUCCCUCCCUACGUUGCAUAUUCGAGGGCUGUUCCUCAGCCUACGUGUAUUUAGGAGGUGCUAUUUUUUUAAUCCCCCGAGACUGAGCAGAAUGGUCCGCCGGUACCACGGGGGGUCUGUCGGGGGCCCCCCGAUGCUGCAGGGGAGAGGGGCGAGGGGAGACCCGCUCCGCUCCGCGUUGCCGCUGGGAGGACGGGGCAAAGCUGUGUCCCAGAGCGGGGAGCCGAGCGAGGACCGAGGUGGAUCCCCACAGAGGCGUCGGGCAGGUCCGAUGACGGCGUCGCGCCACCCCCAUCUUUGGCACGCUGCCGGACCCCCCCAGGAUGCUCCCGGUGGGGUGCUGCCCUGGAAGGGGUGUGGAUACCCUCCCCAACACCCACACCAUUCCCUGUUAAACCAGGGCGGUUUGGGGCUGCUUUGAGACACCUUUUUUUUCAUGCACUGGAUUGGGGACGCUUGGACCAGGGUUGCGUUACUACCGAUAAGCUACAGAUCCCCGGGGAGGGUCCGUGGGAGCAGGAAGGGUCCCAGAGCUGACCUGAAACACUAAAGGCAUCAAACGUGGAUUAGCAGCUCUGCUCUUCACUGGAUUUUCAUAAACUCUAGUCUAUUUAGCCAAAUUAUUCAAAAGAAGAGGAAAAAAAACCCAAACCAUUAGUGCUGAAGCACCCAGUGUCAGCAGGCGGGGUGGCUGUUUUGACCUGUUGGCUCUUUGUCUCGUAACUUCAGAGUUUAUGAAGAUUAAACAGCUUUUUAUUCCCA